AUGAUUGACGCCCGACUCAACUUCAAGCAGCAGGCACAACACGUGGGCGCCAAAGCGUCGGUGGUCAGAGCGACUUUAUUAAGGCUGAUGCCCAACAUAGGAGGUCCGAAGCAGAGAAGGAGGGCGUUACUGACCUCUGUAGUAACAUCCGUACUCAACUACGGAAUCCCCAUCUGGGCCGAUGCGCUUAAAAUACAGGAAGCACGAAGGAAAAUUGCACCAGUAUAUUGGCUAAGUGCUUUGAGAAUUGCCAGUGCUUUUCGCACAGUGUCUGACGACGCUGUGAACGUCAUUGCCGGGAUGGUGCCAAUUGAAGUAUUAGCCGAAGAACGGAAAGCCCUUUACCACCGUAAAGUAACGACCACACUGAGCCCUGGAAAACUUGGCAAGGAGGAACGGCUAAACAGUAUACGACGAUGGCAAUCAAAGUGGGAUACCAGUACAAAAGGCAGAUGGACCUACCGUCUUAUUCCACAAGUUGAUGUCUGGGUAAACCGUAAUCAUGGUUAG